CUACAUUUACGUAAGGCUCUGUCAUUGAGAAACAUGGCCGCCUCCACGGGAGCUGCGGGCGCUGCUGCUGCCGCCGCCGCCGACCCACAAGGUCCGGGCCCGGCUGCUCCGGGUCUGGACACCAUCCAGUACAGCCUGAUGCUGGAGCACCUGAUCGGGGACAAGCGGCCGCUGAAGGAGCUGAGCCCCGGGGUGAUGGGGGGACUGCCGGUGCCGCUGAAGAGCGACGAGCAGAAGAUGAUCGAGAGAGGAAUGGAGAGCUGCGCCUUCAAGUCCGUGCUGGCCUGUGUGGGAGGGUUUGUUCUUGGGGGAGCUUUUGGUGUUUUCACUGCCGGCAUCGACACCAACGUUGGCUUCGAUCCUAAAGACCCCCUGAGAACUCCGACAGCUCGAGAAGUCCUCAAAGACAUGGGCCAGAGGGGCAUGUCCUACGCCAAGAACUUUGCCAUCGUGGGCGCCAUGUUCUCCUGCACAGAGUGCGUCAUAGAAUCACACCGAGGUAAAUCUGACUGGAAGAACGCAGUGUACAGCGGUUGUGUAACAGGAGGAGCGAUUGGAUUCCGUGCUGGUCUGAAAGCUGGGGCCCUGGGAUGUGGAGGUUUUGCUGCGUUCUCCGCUGCCAUUGAAUAUUAUUGGCGGUGAGCCGUUAAAGAGCGGCUCAGUGGGCGAGAACUGAAUGUGUACAUGUGGACGAGCCUGUGAGGACUCACUGUGAAUAUCUACCCGCACAUGGAGGAUUUCUGCAGAGGCACAACUGAUUUAUUCGGAGGAAGUCACAGGUUCCUGUUUGUACAGUGACGCCACCGUGAACUGAAACAGACCCGCCUUCUGUUUUCCUCCUGUGUUUCAUCUACUUCUGUCUGGUGGGAAGUUUGAGCAAAACAAACCAACUUGUUAUGGAAAAAUCAAGAAACUCUGCUGAAUGCUUUAGAGGUAAAAUGUAUAAAGGUUAAAUGAAAAUCACUGUUACUCUGAGUCACGAUCACCUCAAGUCAGACUCAGAUAAACUGUUCUUGUUGUAGAACAUUGAUAUGAUUUGUCAGUAACUAAUCCACAGCAGGAUAUUUAUAUUAAAUGUGUUUUUUUUGUUAA